AACCCUUCAUCAUUUUUCAUUUACAAACUCGUCAGCCGAGACAAUCUUACAGACUGCUUGCUGAUGAAGCCAUUUGCUACUUUCAUAGGUUCAUCGAGGAUUUAUCCAGAACCCAAUGUCAAUAAAACAGUUACUUCACCAAAAAUUCGCAAACUUCAAAUGCUUUAUUCUGAGACUCAACACUUAUUCCCAUCUCUAGGCCAUUCUGGAGGAUGUGUGGCUAUACGAGGGCAGGAGCCCAUUGGUUACUGGGAGGUGAAAAGCUGUGAGAACUUCAAAGCAAUGUCAUUGUGCAAGCAAAAAAUCAACUCUUACGAAGAACCUGAACUUACUUUUCAAAAGCAUUUGAGUUCCUGCUAUUUUGGAUGGGAGUCGGAAGCUCAUCUGCUCAGCUGCUACAAGAUAUUUCACAAUGAAAAAGUUCUGAUGAGAAGAACAUGGGAUGAAGCAGAAGCGUUAUGCCAAGAUUUUGGAGCGCAUCUUGCUAGUUUUAGCAAUAUCUAUGAAGAGAUAUUUUUAAACAAUUUAUUAUAUACAAUUUUUGAUAGGACAGAAGAAAGACAGUUCUGGAUUGGAUUUAAUAAGAGAAACCUGCUUUCUGGAGGGACAUGGCAGUGGUCUGACAGAACACCUGUAACUGUCCGCAUACUGUAUAUUUCAGAAACCGAUCAAGUCAUAUCUGAGCAUAAGUUCAAAAAAUAA